GCGGUGCGGACAAGGGGCGGGGGGGUCCCUCCUAUCUCCCUCCACGUUUUAUUUCCCUUUGCGCUUCCUCCUUUUCUUACUCCUUCCUUUCGCUCUCGUCCUCCGUCUCGUGUUCUCUCUCUGCGUCCCUCUGCUUUUGUUACCCCUCCCCUCGCUCCCUCCCGCUCCCCGCCCCCGCGUGCCACUGCGGAGCCGGAGACGUGACCCGAGCGGACUCGCUUCCCUCAGCUCCAGCCUCUCGCCGCAGAGUCGCAUGUCCUCGAUCCAGAACCUCCAAUCCUUCGACCCCUUUGCUGAUGCAACAAAGGGCGACGACUUACUCCCAGCAGGGACUGAAGAUUACAUUCAUAUAAGGAUCCAGCAACGAAACGGAAGAAAGACACUAACAACUGUUCAGGGCAUUGCAGAUGAUUAUGACAAGAAGAAACUUGUGAAAGCUUUCAAAAAGAAAUUUGCUUGUAAUGGUACUGUGAUUGAGCAUCCUGAAUACGGUGAAGUUAUCCAGCUGCAAGGUGACCAGAGGAAGAACAUUUGCCAGUUCCUCUUGGAGAUUGGCAUUGUCAAGGAAGAACAACUGAAAGUUCAUGGUUUCUAACAUACCUGUACUCUUAAGAAGAAAUACCUACAGUAUUGGUCUUACCUAUCAUGGCUUUUCUGUGGAAAAUUAAUGUUUGCAGUGAAUGGACUUCCCUGUUACCUGAACAUUUACAAUUUGAUUUGCAUGACUGCAUGAAACAGGUGGUGUGUAGACUAGAAACACAUAAGAAAACUUCAGUAAGAUGGUAAUGAAGACCCUUGUGAACUUUAACACAUUUCCAAUGGAAAUGUAUUAGUGGUGAUUGUUCAGUUUAGCACUCUCCACCUGAUUUAAAUGUGUGAGUUUUCUUCAAAUAGUGUGUGUUGUUGUUUAAAAAUAAAAGUUUAUUCAUAUAAUUUCUGGGAUAUUUGAAAUGCUUUAGCCUAAAUUUUAAACUAGCACUGCAGCCUUGCUGAAGAAUGGCUGAAGUGUUUUGUGGCAAGUGUAGCUCACUGCUGAUUGAAGAAAUUGGAAAAUCUACAUGAUUAAGUACUAGCUGAUUAAUCAGUAGAUUAGCUUGAUGUGAUCUUGCUCUGUAGCUGUAAGACUAGAGCUUUACAGCCAGUAGUGUGGGUGUAUCUUAGUAGCAGCAUAAUAAGACAUCAGUUGUUUGCUGCGUAAGUAGCUGGAUCUUCUCUAAAAUUUAUUGCAGUGACUAUGAGGCAUUAGUUUGAAGCAAAGUAGGGGUAAAGCAAGCUCAGCUCCUCAAGGCAGAACAUUUAGGCAAGUCCCAGAUUUGAAGGAAGUGGAUGGGAUAUUGUAUCUCCUCUGUCACUGAGUAAGGGGAAAAGACAUUGUAUUGGCUUCUGCCAUGACUGUGCAUUGAAAAUUGGCAAGCAGAGUGCUUGACGGAGUUGGUAGUGUUAGCUGCAGGAGCAGGAAAGGGAACAGGAUCUACACUAACCUUUACCCUGUUAUGAAAAGUUUUCCUAGGAUUGAUGGUUCACACAGAGGGUUUUGUAAUCCUAUUUGGGUGUUACUAAAAAAAGCUGAUUUGGUUUACCUUUCUACAAGGCAAUUAUUUCAGCAUUACUGAAGGUUACAGUAGGUUUGUUCCACUGUGCUUUUAAGCUAGUUUUAGUUAGCUGUAGGCAUUUGCUAUUCUGCUUGUAGGAUAUGUCUCGUGAAGAAUGAGAUUAAUUCAUUUGUUGAAACAAGCGGAUGUUGUCUUCCUGUUGAGGUAGACAUGGAAAUUUUUUCUGGAAGAAUUCAGAACAUGCUAAGCUGCAAAACCAUGACAAUAGUGGGAAGUGUUUAAAAAACUUCAUGAGAUAUCAUGAAUUCUCUGGAAAGAAAGAGACAUUUCUUUACUGCUAAGAUUUACUAAUAACUUAGCCAGAAAAAAAAAAAGAUGGAAUUGAGAAAAUAAUUGUUUAUAAUAAGGCAAAAUUGUAUUAUUUAAUAUCACCUGUCCUUUAUUUCUGAUUCAUAUUUGCCUUUCUAGACAGAAAUGGUUCAAUUUUAACUCAUUUGAACUGGUUUUUUUUUUUUUUUUUUUUUUUUUUUUUUUUAGAUUUUUGAGUUCAGAAAUGAACCCUUAAGGCACUAGCAACAAUUAGGGGAGCCUUAUAUGAUGAUUUCUUUCUCGAUCUGGUCUAGACAAUUCCACUUGUAAAAAUCCAGUCUCUCAAUCUCCACAAAUCCUGCCUGGUGUUACAGAUCUUAACUCUUCCAGAGAAAGGAUGCUUCCGAAGAUUGUAUACUGUUAAGGUGCAAUACGUUCAGGAGGAGGAAAUGCCUUAUGCAAAGUGCAAAAUGCCCACAUACCAAAUGGAAAUCCAAAAAUAAAUCUUAUGCAAGUCUUGCAGAUGAGCAGAAUAAAGUAAUUCUACUGCAAAUUUACCUAGUCCUGCUUCUUAAAUCCUAAAGAAAUCAGUCUUUUGGGGGUAUAUAGCAGUCAGUGGCUUUCAUUUUAUCACAUGCCCGAAAAACUGAUGUUCUCAUUUAUAGCUUGUUCUCCUGCCCAAGAGGAGAACCAAGCAGUAUCUUCUAUUUUGCUGGUAUUAUACAAGUACUUCUAGUGGGCUUUGAAUUGAAGAUUAACAAAUGACUAGCAGGUCUUGUGUUACUGAGUCAGUCUUCAUUUCAGAUGGCAUUCCAUUAACUUUUACUACCUAAGCUUGAGUCAUUUUUCCAUAGUCAUUCUGCUUGGAAUAAAUAAGAAAAAUCUUUGGUUUUCUUCCUCCUCAUUUAAAAAUCUAAUAGGAGGAUUCUGUCCACUUGGUUGGAGAUGCUUGGGUUUUGACCUUUGAAGGGCAAAAAUUAUAAGGAGAUGGAAUAAGACACAGCACAUUUGAAGUUUUAAAGAGGUGAGAUUUGUUGUGGCAACAAACCAUUUGAUCUUUCUAGAAGAAAAGCAAAAAUUUUUAGUCCAUGACUGUUUUAAACUAAAGCAGUGUUUCUAAGAUUGCACUUAGCCUUGUUGCAAGCCCAGACUUCUUUGUAUGUUCUAGGCGAAAGGCUUCAACAAUAUGAUGUUCUGUCAUCUUAUUCUGAAGCUUCUUUGUCAACACUAAAUGUGCUUGGAAUACAUAUCUAUGUUUUAAAAAUGCUGAAAAUGAAGGCUUUGGAAAAGAACUGUUUUAAGUGCUGCCACAUAAAUCUGUUUUCAGAAUGAAGGCUGGUUUCAAUAUUUUUAUCUAUUCUAAAAUAGGUUAAAAAAUGUUGAAGGAUGUGGCCCAUAAUUGUCAACACACUAAAAAGGAGCUUAUAAUAGAAAACUCUUUUGAAGUCCACUAGUAGGACCUGAGGCUGGCCAAGCUCAGACUGCAAACAAUGGUGGUUUUUUUGUUGGAAUGUUGCGAAGUCUGUGUCCUUCAGACCUACCAAUCAAGGUUGCCACCUUAGUGAUACUUGGGCUUAAUCUCAAGGUGUUAUUAGACAUAGAAAUUUGUUUUGAAUUCACAGCCUUGUGCAUAGUUUUAUCAGGCUGUUCUAGCUGACUCUGAGCUGAUACCUUGCAGUAAGAUGUUGUGUAAAUAAAUUUACUAACUUGUCUGUUCUGAAUCUACAUCUACUUAAUGCAGCUAUGAGCAAUGGAACCCUUGCUUGCCAAAUGCUGUUGCCAGUUCUUGUUUGUAGAAUACGAGGUUUAGUAAUUUAAGUCUCUAAGAUGCCUAUUUCCUCUUACUGUAUGAGCUCUCAGGCCCUUGACUGUCACCUGUGGUCUGCUAAAUCUGACUCUGUGUCUCAGAGAUGAGCAUGAGGAGCACAACUAUGGGCAGAUAAUUCUUGAGUGGAGUAACCUCUGAAGAGGAAUGCCUGGGCUGUGUGUCCAUGUUAUUCAUUGCUUCAGUGAAGCAAUCAAUAGCAAGCUUUGCUAGAACCUUUAUUCCUGAACCCCAUUUUUUGUGCAGCCUAAAUGAAUAACAUUUUGUUUUGGAGAGCUUCUUUGGAGGGGGGAAGGAGGGAACUGAAAAAAAAAAAACAAAAAAACAAACAAAAAAACCUGUAUUAGGAAGUAUGUUUAUAUCUGAAGUUGGUUUUCAGUAACUUAGAUUCUUGGACUGCAAGACCUCUGUAACAUUGUUUUUCUCUAUAUCUUUAAAAGUCCUAGUUAAAGGUCCUUGAAAGUUUGAUAUUUAAGAUUCUAAAUACAUCUAAAGCCAUUAUAAAACUCUAAAAUGAGAAGUCAUUGAAGUUUAAGUUUCAAAUAUUUGAAAUAACAAUUAGGCAGAACUCCUCAUUUUUUCCUAUGCUGCCAUCCUGCUUAUAGUUGGUAUGUAGUUACUCUGAAAAUGUGUGUGUUAUUUACAGUCAGGCAGUAAUCAGAUAUCCCUGCUGUAAUGCAUCUUUCUUUGUAGGUUUUUAAAGUUUUGUCUGAUGUGCUGCACUCUUGCAGGCUGUAUUACUCUAAUUUUGCGGUAUAGGACAGAUGUACCUCGAGUCAGCAAUUAAUUCCUUAAUCCUUCUGCAAGGCUCUAGUGUACAGGAUCCAUGUGUUACAUCUUUAAGUGGCUCAGUAGUUCCUCAUACUGUGUGAAAAUGUAUACAAGAUCAAUAUUUAGCCUGUUAAAGCAGGGGGGAGACUUUUUUUACAGCUCACUCUGGGACACAAUAGGAGUUACUGUCCCUUGUAUCUGUUCAGUGUUGAUCAGUGCCACUGAGCAUUCCUCUAAAUAAUGUGCUGCUGCCACUGGGGAGAUGGAAAUGGACUUAAAGGGUUGUGUGUGUUUAAGUGCUAUGACUUUCUUCAUCCAUACUCAGUCAGGAAUCUGUCCUCCGUGCAUGGCAACAUGAAGGUUGUUUUCCAGUUGCCAGAUCAAAAGCUCAUGAGAUCAUUAAGGAAAAAAUGGCAUGGUUGUUUCAUGUCUCCUGUAUAGAUGUUUCAUGCCUACUGUUUCCCAUUUAGAUUAAAAAUACAAAAAUAAUCUCAGAAGAGGAUUUGUACUUGGCUUGCCUUUUUUAAAGUUUGCUACAUGCCUGUCAUUAAUCUCUUAAUGAACAAGUCUUAACCUGUAUUGAAAUAUUGCUACAGAGCUGAGAUGACAAUCUUUUCAAAUAAAGUGUGUCAGUGUUAUUUAAUGAAUGCUUUUCUAAAACAAAUGUAAUUUUAUGCUGUUGUUAAGGAUGAUUGGAGUUUUUUUUGUGGAAGAUAAAAGUAACAUAAUUUAAUAGAGAUGUGUGUGAUCCUCUUGUAAAAUCAUCUUUGAUUUCAUACAGAAAUGUUAUAUUUCCUCCCUUAAAUUUAUAUCAUAAUCUGUAUUAACCAACUUUAAAAUACUAUGACUUGUCCUGGAAUAUUGUGGCUCUAAAACAAGAUGAUUGGCUUGUAUUGGCUUGAGGUCUAAAACUUUGGGUAGAAGAGGAUCAUCUAAUUUCUUGGAUAAGUAAAAUGCACAGUAUUUUAGGAUAAAGCCAGAAAUGUGCUCAAGUUUGGUUUCAGUUCUUUUAGAAUAUCUUGCAUCUGUGAAAAUGUGACAGCACAUUUCUGAAAAGAAUUUGGGGCCUGAUUAAAAGGACUUGUGUAUACAAUAUA